CAACGUGACAUGUCUCCUUUUUAAUGAAAUAAAUCAUCUUUUUUUUUGGAAUAUCCGCAUCGUAUGUAACCUAGGAGUCUAUGACGUUAGCAAUAGUUUGUGAGAAAUUAUUCGUUGAGUUCAGUGCAUAAAAUUUGACUAUGAUAUAGUGGUUCAAAGAUUUUACCUUGAGAUCUUAUUCAUAUGUAUAGUUUUUUGUUUUAUUCGUAUAAAUAGUUCCUUUAAACUUAUUAUAUUCAGAAAUUGAUGCAAAAUGUUACAUAUUGGAGUACUUAGUAACAAUCUGUUUUGGCCAGCAAUUAGUAAAUUAAACUUAAGUCAAUUUCAUUAAAUUUGAAUGUUUAAUAAUACUAAUCUACGUAUAAAAUAUGAUUGAGUUUAAAUUAGUUUUCGGUAAGCAGGUUUGAUAUUGCUAAAUCUAUAUAUUCAGUUUGAGUUGUGAGUUUUGAAUCGUACGUGUUCAAGUUUGAUGCUGGUUUUAGUGUUUCAUCUUGCUAAGGGUAGCAUUCCAACUUCCUCAUGUAUAUAUUUCAUCACUAGUAGUUGCGCAGCUAUGCUUUUUGUGGGGUCGAUUAAUCCUCUUAAUUUCUUAGGUAAAAUGGGAUUAGAUAAUAUAUUAUGGAUUGAUUAAAUUUAUAUUAUUUUUGGUCAUGACGUGAUUCAAACCCAUCAAAGAGAAAGUGCUUCAUCCACUCUAUUUAAGUCAAGGAUACGAAUUCUCUCGAAUUUGUCUCUUUAAAUCUUAGUUUAUAAGAUGGAAUUAUUCGACCAACUGAACAAAUUAAAGCCACCAAUAGCCACAUAGGACUAUUCUUCCAUAUCCACUUAACUAAGCUUUUAAUAUAAAAUAAAUUCAAAAGCAAACAAAAAGUCUCUCGAUCUUAGCUUAUAAAUAGACAUCCAAGUGUUGAGAUCUUUCUAUCAUCUUAGUACAAUUCCUUGAUCUUCUUCACAACGUACACCUCUCAAAUGGAUUAUCACACCAAGAACAUGUUAAUUUCUUUGUGUUUUACCACUCUUUUAAUAUUACUCCCGGUAGUUACAUGUACUAGACAACACAGGUCUAAUAGCCCGAAACAAAGGAGCUUGUUGGCCAACGAGCAAGAUCUCGUGACAAAUUUGCCUGGGCAGCCUCAUGUGAGUUUCAAACAUUAUGCUGGUUACGUCCCUGUCGACGAAUCCAACGGAAGAGCUAUGUUUUAUUGGUUCUUUGAGGCCAUGGACCUUCCCAAGGAGAAACCUCUAGUUCUCUGGCUUAAUGGAGGUCCAGGUUGUUCUUCUGUGGGAUAUGGGGCAACACAAGAAAUCGGUCCUUUUCUCGUGGACACCAAAGAAAACGGACUUACUUUUAAUCCAUACGCAUGGAAUAAAGAGGCAAACAUGCUGUUUUUAGAAUCUCCCGUCGGUGUUGGCUUUUCGUAUUCAAACACAACUAGCGAUUAUCAAAAACUUGACGAUGACUUUACAGCAAGAGACGCAUUCACUUUUCUUUGCAACUGGUUCGAGAAAUUCCCAGAACACAAAGGAAAUACGUUCUACAUCGCAGGCGAAAGCUACGCAGGAAAAUACGUACCGGUGCUAGCAGAGGUCGUGUACGAUAACAAUAAGAACAGUAGUUCAUCACUUCACAUCAACCUUAAGGGUAUUUUGCUAGGGAAUCCUGAGACAUCAGAUGCAGAGGAUUGGAGAGGUUGGGUGGAUUACGCAUGGAGCCACGCGGUAAUAUCUGAUGAGACGCAUAGGAUCAUAACCAGGACUUGCAAUUUCAGCAGCGAUAAUACUUGGAGCGACGACGAGUGCUCUGAAGCCGUAGCAGAAGUUCAGAAGCAGUACGACGAGAUCGACAUCUAUAGCCUCUAUACAUCGGUUUGUAUAGGAGAUUCUGCACGGUCCUCGUACUUGGAUUCAGCACAAUUUAAAACAAAUUCUCAUAUCGGCUCCAAGACGGUGCCGCCAAGGCGCUUGGGUGGAUAUGAUCCAUGCUUAGACGAUUACGCGAGAACAUUUUACAAUAGAGCAGAUGUUCAGAAGUCUCUUCACGCGAGUGAUGGAGUUAAUCUUAAGAACUGGAAGAUUUGCAACAUGGAGAUCUUCCAUAAUUGGACUUAUUUAAAGCCCUCGGUUUUGCCUAUAUACGAGAAACUCAUCGCCGGGGGAUUAAGAAUUUGGGUUUACAGUGGUGACACAGACGGAAGAGUUCCAGUACUGGCGACAAGGUACAGCUUAAGCGCACUAGAAUUACCCAUCAAGACAGCUUGGAGGCCAUGGUAUCAUGAAAAACAGGUAAGUGGGUGGCUUCAGGAAUACGAAGGUCUAACGUUUGCUACGUUCAGAGGAGCUGGACAUGCGGUGCCUUCCUUUAAACCAAGCAGCUCUCUCGCCUUUUUCUCGGCCUUUCUCACCGGAAUUCCUCCGCCACCGUCUCGGUAGAGAAGCAAGUCAAAGAUUUACUAAAUCUAAUGAGUCUAAGUUUUCAGAAAGUUUGAAAGGUUUUGGGUUUUGUUACGUUGACUUGUCAGACACGGUAUAAGGGAAAGAGAGAAAUUCUAUACUUUAUAUGUGACGAUCAUAAUGAUCAAAGAAAAAAAAAACUCUUUAAGAUUGUGUAAUCACAAAAAUAAAUGUUUGGGAUACAACCAGAUUAAAAUUGUAAUGAUAAAGGGAAGACCUUCGACA